ACCUCCAAAAGCGAAGACGACUUCUUAACCCUGGCCGCCUCCAGGCUGAGCCAUAAAAAAAGGGUCAUCGGAGCCGCCGUGGGGGUGGCCAUGGUGUUGGUGCUCCUGGUGGCCAUCCCCUUGCUGGUGCACAGCUCCAAAACCACCUCCCACUAUGAGAUGCUGGGCAGCUGCCGCAUGGUCUGUGACCCUUACACACCACAAACCCACGGGGCGGCUUCGGCGGAGGCAAGCCAGGAGCUGGCCGUCAUCUCACCCCCUCCUUAUGCCUCUGGAGGAAAAGGAGACCAAGGAAGGAAGGGAAAGUCUGGAAUCCGGGGGCCGCCGGGCCCUCCAGGCCCUCCUGGCCCCCCAGGCUCAGCAGGAGAACCGGGGAGGCCGGGUCCUCCGGGGCCACCUGGGCCAGGCCCUGGGGGCUACAUGCCAUCUUUCCCUAAGAUCGCCUUUUAUGCAGGACUGCGGAAGCCGCAUGAAGGGUAUGAGAUCCUACGCUUUGACGACGUGGUGACCAACGUUGGGAACUACUACGAACCACUGAGUGGCAAGUUCACCUGCCCUCUUCCUGGCAUCUACUUCUUCACCUACCAUGUGCUUAUGCGUGGGGGCGAUGGCAGCAGCAUGUGGGCAGACCUGAUGAAGAACGGGCAGGUUCGUGCCAGCGCCAUCGCACAAGAUGCUGACCAGAACUACGAUUACGCUAGCAACAGUGUCAUCCUACACCUGGACGUGGGUGACGAAGUCUUCAUCAAACUGGACGGCGGGAAAGUUCACGGGGGCAACACCAACAAGUACAGCACCUUCUCUGGAUUCAUCAUCUACCCAGAUUGA